AUGGGGCACCGAGGCUACCUGCUUCGCUCGGCACCUCGAAGUCUGGGCUGGGUCUCCCCCGACGCGGCCGUUGCCACCCUGUCGGAGAGCGGAGAAUCCACGCCGCUCAAAACCCGAUCCUGCCCACUUUCUUCUGGACCCUUCCCCGCCUGCGUGGGCCCGGGAGAAUUCAAGGGGAAGGUGCUGGAAGAGACUUCAGAGACCCCUGUGGAGAUGGAACAGCAAAAGGAAGGGACUGGGCCUGAGGGGAACAACCUACCCCUGCCGUCACCUGGGCCUGAGUCGUGGCCCCCUGCACCUUUCCCAGCCCUGUCACCUUCUCUCCUGGGCACGCCAGACCCAGCCCACCUGGGGCUCCCCGAGAGCCUGUCGUCUGUCACCGUCCCCAUCCGCCUGGAUGCCCUCUCCUACCUCCUGCACAGCGCCCUGCUGGGGGCCUACAGCCUUCAGCAGUCCUUGCCCUCCUGCCCCUGCUCCCAGCAGGCAUGCUGCACCCGGCCUGGCACCACCAAGAGGCCAUGCCAGGGACGCGGCGGGUGGGAAGUCUGGCGCAGGCCAGGCCGGGGCCAGGGCCAGCAGCGAUGGAGACCUGGGAGGGCUGAGCAGCCAGAGAGGAGCUGGGUGGGGGACUCUGGGGCUGGCCCCAAGACCCCACGAAUGAUGCCGCCCUCACCACCAACACCGCCUGCCCAGGAUGGGAAGAGAGAAGCCCGAGGUCCGGAGACACCCCUGGACAUGCCAUCUGCUGCUGAGGACUGGGAGGCAGAGUACUAG